AUGUUUAAUGGAGUUGGUUUGAGGACCCCUAGGGGCAGUGGUACCAACGGAUAUGUACAACGCAGUCUGGCCACGCUUCCCAGCAAAAAAGUGGUAAAAUUAUCGAAUCAAUCAGACGCAAUAUCGCGUCCGAAAAGCAGAACAGAUCCCGCAAUAUUACUCCAUGAGAAAAAGCGCGAGAUCGAGUUAAAGCUGCUUCAGCUGAGAACAACACUAAAGGGAUCAAUGACCGAUCAAGAAAUUGAAACUGAGAUUCAGAAACAGAGAGAGUUUAUGUUACAAAAUUUAAACAGCGUUUCUUUGGACGUUACAAAAAACGAACACAUAAUGGCGCAACUUAAGAGGGACCAGAUGGACAAUUUACAACAAGUUCUCAAAAUUAAAAACAGCUCGAACAGCGGAGGGGCCAAAGUAGACAAAACGAGCGGAACUUCAACCGAGAAAGGAGCGCUCGGACUCGGUAAAAACGCCACUCUCAGGCCAAUGCCAGCCAGGUCACGCAGCUACAGCGGAAGCAGCGACGUCAGCGGCUACUCAAGCGGCCGAGAUGAGACCAGUUCCUUCGAUUCGGACGCAAGCAGUAUCAGCUCCAGGAGCAGCAGCUACGUCAGAAGGGACCGCAGAGGCUCACCCAGACUCAGAUCUUACAGGGUUGAGACCGUCAGCAGUCGCACCGUCAGUAGCCACAGCGACCUCAGCAGCGUAUACUCCAGGGACAGCGACUACGACAGGACUGACGGCAGUUAUAGCAGCGACAGCUACGAGAGUAGCAGAAGAGGAAGAAGCGGCAGAAAGGGAAGGUACAGAAGCCCCUCCCUAAGCAGUUACAGUAGUUCCAGAAGUAGCAGUAGAAGCAAUAGAAACAGAAAAAGAAACCGUUGA